UGAGUGAGAGAGUUGGUUGGUGUUGGGCCGGAGGAAAGCAGGAAGACUCAUCGGAGCGCGUGGAUUUGAGCCGCCGCAUUUUUUAACCCUAGAUCUCGAAAUGCAUCGUGAUUCCUGUCCAUUGGACUGUAAGGUUUAUGUAGGCAAUCUUGGAAACAAUGGCAACAAGACCGAAUUGGAACGGGCUUUUGGCUACUAUGGACCACUCCGAAGUGUGUGGGUUGCUAGAAACCCACCCGGCUUUGCUUUUGUUGAAUUUGAAGAUCCCCGAGAUGCAGCUGAUGCAGUCCGAGAGCUAGAUGGAAGAACACUAUGUGGCUGCCGUGUAAGAGUGGAACUGUCGAAUGGUGAAAAAAGAAGUAGAAAUCGUGGCCCACCUCCCUCUUGGGGUCGUCGCCCUCGAGAUGAUUAUCGUAGGAGGAGUCCUCCACCUCGUCGCAGAUCUCCAAGAAGGAGAAGCUUCUCUCGCAGCCGGAGCACGUCCCUUUCUAGAGAUAGGAGAAGAGAGAGAUCGCUGUCUCGUGAGAGAAAUCACAAGCCGUCCCGAUCCUUCUCUAGGUCUCGUAGUCGAUCUAGGUCAAAUGAAAGGAAAUAGAAGACAGUUUGCAAGAGAAGUGGUGUACAGGAAAUUACUUCAUUUGACAGGAGUAUGUACAGAAAAUUCAAGUUUUGUUUGAGACUUCAUAAGCUUGGUGCAUUUUUAAGAUGUUUUAGCUAUUCAAAUCUGUUUGUCUCUUGAAACAGUGACACAAAGGUGUAAUUCUCUAUGGUUUGAAAUGGAUCAUACGAGGCAUGUAAUACCAAGAAUUGUUACUUUACAAUGUUCCCUUAAGCAAAAUUGAAUUUGCUUUGAACUUUUAGUUAUGCACAGACUGAUAAUAAACCUCUAAACCUGCCCAGCAGAA